GGGCUAUCCAUGGCGGCAAUUGAAUUCAAUAAUAUAUCCUCAGGCAUGGCGCAGGACGGCGUCUGAAUCGGUAUUUAACUUUUCCGAUCCAGUUGAAGUUCCGUUGAAAAUUUUUUCCCCAAUUCUUCCCGAAGCGAUGAAUUUCCUCACCGCCGCCCGCACCAGAUCCUCCGCCGCGUCGCUGCACAAUUCCGGCGGCGGUUACCGCCGUCCAUCUCGCGCAAUCGUAACUCGCCGGACUUUCCUCCGAUUCCGGUCCGAUCCGCCGAUAUCACGUGAUAAUAAUGUCACGUGCUCUCUGUCGAGCAACGGUUUCUGCAACAAAGGGAGUGAUGUUAGGAAGCCAAAGAAUUUGGUACCCUCUGCUUUAGAAAAUUCCGCCGGCGCAAUUCCGGCGACUCCGAGCUCCGGCGACGAGAACCGGCGGCUUGCGGUGGUUGGUUGGUCGGCGACGACACUCCUCCUCGCCGUCGGCAACAGAGUGCUUCAGAAACUGGCUCUAGUCCCCAUGAAAAACUACCCGUUCUUCCUGGCGCAGGUUAACGGAAUUGUAUACGUAGGCGUUUACUUCUCUGUGCUUCUGAUGAGGUACCGCGCAGGAUUAACUACAGGUGAAAUGUUAGCCAUUCCUAAGUGGCCUUUCGUCGCCAUUGGCGUCCUCGAAGCUUUUUCCGUCGUCUCUGGAAUGUACGCUGGAGCAAUGCUUCCAGGGCCAGCAAUACCAUUGCUUUACCAGACAUUUUUGGUGUGGCAAUUAGUGUUUUCGAGCCUCCUAUUAGAAAGAAGGUACUCAUUGAAUCAAAUCAUCGGGUGCCUUUUUGUAGGCGCAGGAGUCGUCGUGGCUGUAACAAGCGGAGCAAGUCAUACGCGAAUGCUAGCCGGCAUCGGGAUUUUGUGGCCGGCACUCAUGGUAGCUUCGAGUGCAUUUCAAGCCGGUGCAUCCAUCGUAAAGGAAUCGAUUUUCGUUGAUGCUGCAGCACAUCUAAAGGGGAAAUCACUCGAUACCUUCGUCGUAAAUGCCUUUGGAUCGGGAUUUCAGGUUCUUUUUAUGCUUCUCUUCUUGCCUAUCCUCGCGAACUUGGAGGGGCUUUCGAUAACCGGGUUGCCCUCGUACUUCAAAGACGGCACCGCGUGUUUCUUGAACCUCGGCGGCAAUUCCAUAGGAUGCAAUGGCGCGCCGUUGCUCCCGGCCCUAUACAUCGCUUCGAACAUCCUUUUCAACAUAUCGAUCCUCAAUCUUUUGCGAGUUUCUGACGCCAUCAUCGCCUCUCUUGCCGCUAGAUCUGCAGUUCCAAUUGCAAUUUAUGUAUUGUCAUUGCCAUUGCCAUUCCUCCCACAAGGUGUGACCCUAAGCCCCCUUUUUCACUUAGGUUCUAUGAUACUUGUUUUGGGCUUGAUUUUGUACAAUUUGCCGAAACCUCGGUAAGGUAUACAGAUUGGUGUUGCUAGCUAAUCGGACAACUUAUCAUAUAUGUUCUUCGUUUAAAGUACGAUGAAAGUUAAUUUUGUAACUAGUUUGAUAAUGUUGUUUUGAUCCUCUAAAAUUACUUUGUAAUAUUGAAAACUCGAUAGUUUAUCCACGAUGCAUAUCGUGAGACAUAGAAUUUUAAUAUUGGAAGACUAAAAAAAAAAAUCAA